GUGGAUCGAUAAACUGGCUUUGUUUCGCGGUUGAGCGCUUUCCUACCAUCCGACUACUCCGAAUCCUAGCUUGUCGGACGAAACUACGUUCUACCAUACUCUGCCCCACCGGGAAAUGCCGCCCACGUCGGCGAAAAAGAAAACGGGAUAUGUUCGAACGUGUUUUGAUCGCAAGCGAUCGACAGAUUCGCCCUUUCCGAUGGGAAAACCGAAACCUGUGCCACCGCGUAAACUAGCGCAACUCCUCGCUAUCUGCAACUUCAUCUCGCAGUGUCCGCAAAUACAGCGGCGAAUCUUUUUGGGGGAGUACAUUUCGCCAAAAUGUGUCGAGGAAUGAUAGUGUGUGUGUAUAUAUAUUUAUUUUUUUGUAACUACAUUUGUUUCGUCGCUCGUCCCUGCCGUUGCUGCCGUCGCGUCGGAGGCGGUGGCGCUGCAGGCAGUGCGGCGCUUCUGGCCAAAGGGUGGCUGUCGUGCGCGGAGACCCCGGGUUUCAGCUCCGAGCGACGCAAGGUUUUGAUUUUUCCCCUAAUGUCUCUGUCCAAUUUAAACGGCCUCUUCAGGUUCCUUCGGCUCUGAAGAUGUCACUUUCACGAAGUGGUCAAAGGAAUGAUUGAGCCAUGGCAACAGUGGGUACAGCACUUCCGGAGGAGACGCGGUGGGCCAUCUUCCGAGCGACAGUGUUCAUCAGCAAUAUAACAGCCAUGCGGCAGCCGGCACGCACCAUCUACAUCAACAGAUAACUACAGAUGAAACCGCUUCUUUAACUUUACUUUUUUAUGUUUAGUUUAAUCAUUUUGCAAGACGUAAAUCUUCCCGUAGUUUCCCAUCAAUUUUAAGCGAGACUUUUCGUUUUAAACUUGCCCACCCUCCAAGCCUCGACUUGCCCGCGGGCUCCUUGAGACCAGGCUCGUGUACAUAUCGUCCGUCGCCGUUACUCCGCCACGCUUUCCUGGUGGCUCUGGUUUGGAGCCGGCGACAUCGCGUUCCGAUCGAAACCUACCUCCGCACACGACACUGCACAGAAAAGAAAUAAAAGAAGGCAACUCGAGAAACAAAGUAAAGCGAACCAAAGAGGAAGCGGCGAGGUGCGCUCCACCUCCACUCGAGGGGGGAGGGAGGGCAGCCGAGUCACGUGCACCCGAUGGAUGUCACCCGCAAGUACUUCAGUCCCCGUCUCCUAGACUACAUCGUCAUCACUGGAGCGCGCCAGCCCAGCCGCACCACCCCGGUGCAGCCGCCGGAACUCCUGCGCCGCUACCCAACGGAGGACCACCCAGACUUCCCGCUUCCGCUGGAUGUGGUUUUCUUCUGCCAGCCGGAGGGCUGCAUCCUUCUGGGCGCCCGGCGCACAAGCCUGCGCGAGUCGACACCCUUCGUCUUCGCCCUGACGGAGAAAGACACCAGCCGUGUCCGCUACGGCAUCUGCGUCAACUUCUACCGGCCGAUAGACCGGGCAGAUGGGUUCCCGCGGGGCUCCGGGGACCAGUCCUCUUUCGAGGGCGGGGACGUGGUGCUGCCGCCGGAGGCGGGUCCGGCACCCCCUGUACCGGCCCGGCGGAAGCGGCUGUCGAGCCACUCGCUUGUCUCGCUGUGCAUCAUCAGCCACCAUCCGUUCUUCUCAACGUUCCGAGAGUGCCUCUUCACGCUCAGGAAGCUCCUGGACUCGUCCAACGAGAGACUGUUGUUUGGUCUGAGGAUGGCGGGGAAGGCCCCGGGCAGAGACAGUGUGUGGAAUGUGUUUCUGGGCCGUGUCGUGGAAGGUAUUUCGAGCGCCGUCCUCCACGAAGUAAGGGAGAUUGAGACGUGGAUGCUGAGGCUUCUGAGCGCCCCCGUUCCCGUGCCUGGCAAGACACGUGUUGAGGUUGCCAUACUGCCUAGAAGCGUGGAACGGCCACUGGUGUUUGCACUUCCGGACCACACACGUUUCUCCUUGGUCGACUUCCCGUUGCAUCUACCUUUGGAGCUCUUGGGUGUUGACACCUGCAUGAAAGUGCUCACCUGUAUCAUUUUGGAGCACAAGCUGGUGCUCCAGUCACGUGAUUACAACGCGCUGUCUAUGAGCGUCAUGGCCUUCGUUACGAUGAUCUACCCCUUGGAGUACAUGUUCCCUGUGAUCCCGCUUUUACCAACGUGCAUGGCUUCUGCAGAACAGCUCCUGUUGGCGCCGACGCCGUACAUCAUUGGCGUGCCGGCCACCUUCUUCAAGCUCAAGCGGUCGUUCUGCCUGCCAGACGACGUCUGGCUUGUGGACCUGGACUCCAACAGCGUCAUCAAGCCGCCCGGGGUUGAGGACCUGCCCCCGCUUCCCGAGCCUGAGGGCAGCCACCUCCUGUACCACCUCAAGCAGGCCUUGGCUUCGAUGAGCAUCAACCCUCAGCCAAUCGGGAACCUGGACAAGAUUCAACCCAGGGCGGCACCUGGUGCCAGUUCCCUGCCAGAGAAGCCCGAACAACAGCCACCUCCCCUCUCUGGCUUUAACCCGCUCAUUUACGGCAACGACGUUGACUCUGUGGACGUGGCCACGCGAAUAGCCAUGGUGCGGUUUUUCAACUCUGUUGGAGUACUAGCCCAUUUCAUGGAGCACACGCGUACACUGCGCCUGUAUCCACGUCCUGUAGUUGCCUUUCAAGUGAACAGUUUCCUUCAUUCGCGGGCUAAGCUCUCUACGUUUCUGCGCAAGUUCGUUCGUACACAGGCUGUUGAGUUUUAUGCAGAAUGGUCUCUCUGUCCCACCAAUGUGGCUUUUCUUCGUGUGCAUACGGGUGUGUUUGAUCCUGCAGUGAUAGGGGACAAGGGGAAAUGGUAUUGUCAUCAGUUGGAGCCCAUUUAUUUUGAUGUGUGGUCCGAAAGCUGUACCCUGACAACCAGCAUGGCGGCCAUGGGUCUGACGGAUGAAGCAAGCACGGGUGAAAGUGGCAGCGAAAGUGAUGACGCCAGUAGCACCAGCUCCUCCUACUCUUCCUUAAGUGACUUUGUCUGUGAUAUGGUGGAAUUCAAUGGAGAAAAUGUCGGUGAGUCGUCCUCCGGUGGUGUGGAAACGCCGCGAGAAUGCGCGGGUCACUUCGCGGUCCCCUACCCAUACUGUCUCACACAGGUUCAGGGUGUGGGAGGCCCUUUAUUCUCAGUCUUUCCGCGAUACUCUCUCCUUCUCCAAGGGGGAGCUCACGUCGAAGAGGCAUCAGCAGCAAUACUUGAUCGGGCAGACUACAACGCUGUGUUCAACCCGCCGGUGGAGCUUCAAAUGCCGGACUUGAACCAGCAAACCUUGGAACGAACCGACUCCCGCAGUUCCCUGCACGGGUCAGGGACCUCUUCGUCGGCCAACUCAUCUCUGUCGAGCCCCUCUGGGCAACCACAAGGAGACGCUUCUGGAGGAGCUUUUCCAGCGCCUAAGACGGAAGGGCAGGAACCUUCCGAGGGCGGAGACAACGACGCCCCGGCCGGGGGCGGCUCAUCCAACGACGGGGAGCCUCACACGCCCUCGACGAUCCGGUCUGGCCCCAGCCGCAGCCCCGUGGGGAGCGUGAGCAGCGGGCGCAGCACGCCCCCAGAGGGGGGCUCCGCCGCUUCCUCCGGCCGGGCCAUGGGUGCCCUGGGCAGCCUAGCCGGAGGGGUGCUCAGCAGGGGGCCCGGCAGCGGCAGCCUCACCUCCCAGGGGAGCCAGGGUUCCCUGUUUGAGGCGGUGGCACGGGAGGCGAAGGAAGUGGCCCGCGAGGCCUCCAAGGCGGCGGCCGAAGUGAGUCGGUCGGCGCUGGAGGCGACCAAACCCGCCCGAGAGGCUGGACGCAAGACCCUCAUGAAGGCCUUGAGCGACCGUGACAGAGAGAAGCAGGAUCCUUGUCCCUCGGAGUCGUCCAGCGAAGGCCAGUUCCCAACGACGCAGCUCUCGUUUCCCCGGCGCGACUCGGGCUCCCUCAUCACCACCAUGAGCAACGAACUCAAUGGGUUUGCCGCUCACACAUCCAACGUCAUCCAGGGCAUUUCUGGCCUCUUCGGCGAGAGAAGAGGAAGAAUGUCUUCAACUGUGAAGGGCAAAGAAAGAGCACCCCCAUUUGGACCUUUUCCCAAAGCUAACAUGGGGAGGAGGGGACCCGUGGAGAGGACGCCACUCAUCAAGCACAUCACGCCUCAGCAGGCCAAGAGGCUUCAGCCUCAGGAGCCGCCCAAGUCUCUGCAAACAUUUGAAGAGCAGUCCACCACUCAAAGUGACAACCAGCAGUUCCUGAAGGAGGUGCUGAAUGCCAUUCGGGAUGGGGAGGGGGUCAAGUGGUUCAAGCAGAGCCGCAUCAGGAGGCUCAUGGAAGACGAGAGCUACCGCAACCUGGUCGUUUCCCAGCUCAACCGGACGCUCGAGCGAAGGGUGGGGCCUGACGGUCUCAUCAAGGACGUGAUGAUCUCAAAGCCGGUGUACAAGGGCACCCUGAAGAUGCUCCAGAUGGUGAUCUCGGGACUGGAGCAGAGCUACACCAACUACGGCCUUGGGGGGAUGGCAAGCGCCUUGCAGGUGUGCGAGAUCGCCCAUACACACUUCUGGAGCAAGGACGUUGCCUCCGAACAGGGGCUGCGCAUCAACCCCGGCCUUCCCCAAGAUGCCAAUAGUGUCGGCAGCAGGAGCAGACCCCAGAGCACAGAACCGGAGCUGUCGGCGUCGCGCAAAAACUCCCUCUGUGCUCAAGAUGCCAAAUACAACAGGAGCCAGGAUAUCUCUCCGUACGGCAGCGGAGAACAUUUGAACAGGUAUCCCACGGAUCCUGCGAGGGCGGCGGAUGUUGCGGCGCAUCCUGCAGAUCUUUAUAGAGCUAGCAGCCCCAUGGAUAACUCUCCCCACAGAGAAGAAAGGGGAUCGUUUGACCGAGGCUCCCUGCUGGAACACCGCUUCAGCCUUUCCGACGUGUCUCAGCACACGCCACCCCAGAUGAACGUGAUCCCUUCGGCCGACAGUAUCGACCAUCACGACGAGGCCUCCGACAUGUUUCGGGGACUCAUGAACGCGAAGAAGCUCGUGCUCUCUAAGAUCACGAGCAUCGACUCAGAGGUGUCGGAAGCCGGCAUGAGUCAGGGCUCGGACUUGGCAGUGCCCAGCGGCAGCGUCAGCGAUACGGGCAGCGUGACCAUGAAUCCGGCCUUCUUCCGCCAGACGCGGGGCGGAAGCAAUGCUUCGUUCCGCUCGACCGUCUCUGACAGUGAGGUCGAAGCCGGCGGCACGGGCAGCUUCCUCGGACCGAGGCAGAAGCGUGCCGCUAGCCUCUGGACCGGGAAAACGAGCCUGAGUGGAGGGUUUAGGUUUCCGAGCGCGACGUCGGUUCCGGGCAAGGUUCCUGAUCCGAGCCAGGGGUCCAGCCCGGGCCCGGGUCCAAGCACGCCAACCCGAACCACGCCUCCCCCUCACACCCGGACCUACAUCUACCAGGGCCUCAUAGGAAAAGAUCGGUCGACACUUUGGGACGAGCCCCAGUUCUGGGAGGACACCUUUUUCGACGCAGUGUCGCAAGAGCGUGACCUUAUCGGCGUGGAACAGCAGCCCGGCGAACAGAUGAAGAGGUACCGGACACUGUCAAGUCCAGAGAAGAAGCGCCUUGAGCAUGAGGAAGACCGUCUGCUCUCGACCCUCUUGUCGAACGUGAUUGCCUUCAUGCUCAUGAUGGAAGUGAACAUUGAGGAGAUUCGCAGGCGUGCCCGCCGUCUCCUUGGCAAGUGCCACAUUAGCCUGGUGUACAGUGCAGAGCUCAACACCCUUCUCGACGCUCUGGAGGUUGUGGUGGAUGGAAAGAAAGUUAGGCAGUCUGGGAACGAGAUUGACCUCAGGCCUCUAGGGAGUCGUCAGAUGCAGUCGCAGUGUUUCACGGUCCACAUGACCACAGACUCCAACGAAGUUAGGUUCCUGGAGGUGCGGGAUGACGGCCUAGUUCUUCGUGCCGCAAACGGCCAUGUCCUGGAGCGCUGGUGGUACGAAAGGCUGGUGAACAUGUCUUACUGCCCCAAAAACAAGGUUCUUUGUCUCUGGAGGCGGAGCCAAGGCCAGACACAGCUGCAUAAGUACUACACUCGCAAGUGUAAAGACAUGUACUACAGCAUCAAAGAAGCGAUGGAAAGGGCAGCCGCCCGUGGAAAAGUUGUCACGUCUGGUACGGAACUCGGAGGAGAGUUUCCGGUGCUGGACAUGACUACGCGUGAAGGUGGGAUUUUACAGGUGUGCAUGGAAGGCGUAGGCUUGCUUUUUGCCAAUAGCAAGGACUUUGAGUUCUUCGUAAGGCUAGAGAACAUCAAGAGAUGCUACACUCAAAGGGAGCAUAUCUUUGUACUUGAAGAAUACAACCCCAAGACUCGCCAUACCAUUGAGAGAAGAUAUGAGUCGAAGAUGGCGAGCGAAAUAUGCUAUGCAGUACUUUGUGUUUUUUCGUACCUUAUCUCUGGGGACCCCCGGCCGGCCCAGCCCGGAGCUGGCUCUUCGCGGUCGUGAGGUGAAGAAUGUGCUUGGAGGCGUUUAUAUACUUAGCAGAAGUUCCACCGAGCGGGCUACCAGAGACAAGGCUGUGUUGAUGUUGCGUGGUAUACAGGGCCGCAGGAGCAGCUCCCGCGGCCAUUGUACCGAACAUUAAAAAAGUAAAGCACAUGGAUGUUA